CAAACCUCUAACUAAGUCCUUGAUGCACAAUCAUGAUAAAUACAGUCCGCGCGAAAUUCGUCAACUAGAAUUCAUUUCACAAUUUGCAGCUGAUAUACGCUAUAUUAAAGGCAAUGCAAAUGAGGCAGCAGAUGCACUAUCGAGAUUAAAUAUCAAUACCUUCUCGAUCCCUGAUAUAGACUAUCAAGAAAUGGCAAAGCAUCAAAAGCUCGAUACGGAGCUACAAAAGCUUUUGCAGUCUAAGGAAACGAAAUUAUUAUUCCAAAACAUCCCCAUUAACAACAAGGACACCUUAGCUUGUGAUACCUCAACAGGUAAAACUCGCCCUUUUGUACCCUUCGGUAUGAGACGAAAUAUUUUUGAGAAAUUACACAAUAUAUCUCAUCCAGGUAUAAAAGCCACUGUAAAGCUUGUCACAGAUAGAUUUGUAUGGCCAAAAAUAAACAAAGACGUAAGAAAAUGGUCACGGGAAUGCGUCCAAUGCCAAAAGUCAAAAGUACAUAGGCACAUCAUAUCUCCUACCGGAAUUUUUCCCGCCGCUAGCGCUAGGUUCGACCAUAUUCAUAUCGACAUUGUUGGGCCGUUACCGAUUUCUAAUGGUUACACGCAUAUACUAACAUGUAUAGAUAGAUUUACGAGAUGGCCCAUAGCUGUUCCGUUAAAAGACACGUCAGCAUCAACAGUGGCGAAGAAGCUGGUGAAACACUGGAUUACAAACUUCGGUGUCCCUACAACAAUUACGACCGACCGUGGAACGCAAUUCGAAAGCAAACUAUUUCAGCAACUUACAGAUACUUUCGGUAUAAAGAGAAUUAGAACCACUGCUUAUCAUCCGUCUGCUAAUGGAAUGAUAGAAAGAUUCCAUAGACAGUUAAAAGCCUCUUUGACGGCCGCACGAGGAGAUUACAAAUGGGAUAUCAAGCUCCCUUUGAUACUAUUAGGUAUUCGCUCAACCAUCAAACAAGACCUCGGUUGUUGUGCUGCUGAGUUGGUUUAUGGAACAACAUUACGUUUGCCUGGUGAAUUUUUUGACCGUGCAACAGAUAUUCCAGCAGAUAUAACCAACUACGUACAACAAUUAAAACAGCAGAUGGAAUCCAUUAGGUCCGUUAAACCACGAACCCAAAAGGUGAAAUCAUUCGUACCCAACGAACUAGACAAAUGCUCACAUGUAUUCGUCAGAAAUGAUAGAGUACGACAGCCGUUACAGACUCCUUACGACGGCCCUUUUAAAAUCAUCCGAAAGGACACUAAAACGGUUACAGUGGAAAGAGCAGGUAAACAUGAUACAGUUAGCAUCGAUAGAGUAAAACCAGCAUUUUUAGAGAACACUGAAAAACAGGCAACUGUAAAACCGUCUAAACCCGCAGCAGAGCAAGCACCAUUCAAACUACCUGCAACAAGCAACAUUUCAAAUCAAAAUUCAGCAGCAGCACAAACUACAACAAGAUCAGGAAGAAGAGUACAUUGGCCAGAUAGGUAUGUAGCAACCACUAUAUUUAUCUAGACCAAAUCCUGAGACUACUCUUAUAACACAUAAAAAUCCUACUUUAUUUUGAUUACUAUUUUUUUUAUUGGCCCCACGGAUCACCAUUAUGCUUACAUUUUAACUUUAUACAAUUCAUUAAUGUUAAAUUUACACUUGUAUAUACAUGAUAUGAAACGUUUCAACACACAAGCUGUUAUUACAAUUUUACGCUUACUCAUCAUAUUGAGUUGUACUUUUAUUUUAAAAACAGUUCCGUUCUUUAUCUCUUUGUCGAACAUAGAUGUUAAUCGAAUUUUUUUUUUUUGGUACAUAAAAACAUCAAUGUUCUGGAUGGGAGCUUAUGUAGCAAGCCCUUUUGGCUACUGUAUCAUUUGUCUAGUCAUUGUAACUCAGACUCAAUUCACUAUGUUAAUUUCGGUGUGUAUGAUCGAAUGCAUGUCUGUACAUUAACUCUUAAGCUAUUUUCCUAUUGGUUGCAAUGUGCAGAUAAUCGAUAAUUUAUCCACACCCGAUUAACUCUCAAAUAUAUAUGGAUUUUUAACAGACUCACACACUCUCUCUGUUUCAUCGUGUGCUUGCUCAUCGUGCGCUUGUGGAUUAUUAUUAUUCAUUAACAAUAAACUAUCUCUAUAACUGGUGUUCAGGCUUUUUAAUAAUCUCGAGUAAAUUCGCAAUUCUACUAGGAGAUUAAGCCUAGCUAAAAUACUCAGUUACGGGAUAUUAUUAUUUGGAGUCAGAUAUUGAGGACAUUAUCCUCAACA